AUGUCGUCAAGGCAUGUGCCGUUCAGAGCUGAAGUAGAAUCAUCAUAUGCGGAAAACGACACGGAGAAUGUGGGCAUGAUGGCGGCAGAUGAGAGCAUGGCGUGCUGGAGGGUCGUACUGCCAGCCUUGCUGCCCAACAUGCUUGGUAUUCGCGCCGAAGAGGUGGAUUCAUUUCUGGAUCCAUUCCAUUGCGAGUCGCUGAUCCAGCAUGGCGGCAUUCAGGACCCCAUUCUUCUCGACCUGUGGGCAGAGAGAUAA